AUGCAGAAGAUCAAGCAGGCAUUCAUCCCCCGUCCCGAUCAUCAGGCCGCAGCGAACCACGCCGCCAGCCAAACAGAUCCUGGCACACCCCAACAGGACCCAAGCCUGAAAGAUGUCCAGAAUAUUACAGGGUUGGGCCAGCACAAGCGGGAUGACCUCAACCCGGAGGCCCAGAAAGAGCUGCAACAAUUACGCAGCACCCUCCAAAACAACAUCCAGUCGUCGCGUAUGCAGCACCAUGCCUUUGAACCUCUCUCACUACCGGGCUCCCAGCCAGCCUCACGAGUUCCUUCCGGCACAAAUACACCACAGCGUCGACCUUAUAUGCACGCGCGCUCAGGCCACAACUCCACUGCACCCUCGCCGCCGACCUCCGCCGUGCAUUCACCACCCUUGACGCCCGCCGCCACUCACACACGAGAUGGCGGCAAUGCUGCACCCCCUACCAGUGCGCCAGCGGUGCGACCGCCGCAGGACAUCAUGACCCCUCAGCGGUCAGCAUCACCUCAGCGUAAUGACGCUGCUGGACCAGUAUCAAGCCACCCGAAGACACAGCCGUCUCACUCUCUUGGUCCCAGUGGUGACUCUCAGCCGCCCUCAAAGGAUGCGAGCCCGAACGCGACACCCAGUAGCACUGCGCCCGGCACUCCACGGCCUUUUACUCCCUCCACCGACGCAAGCAGAGGGAAGCGACAGUCCACUGCAGAAACAUCCGAGUCAAAGUUCAGAUUUGGCAGCAGAGAUCCCGCUAUAGGCUUUUCGAGCUCAGGCACAGGACCAUCGUUACCCUCCAACACCCCAGUGCUACCCAGGAACAACUCCGGCAGCAUUAAGCCAUUACAGAAGGUGGAGCAGGAGAAGCGGUCGAGCUUCUUCGGAGGCAGCAAGCACGACAAUGACAGCUCGUCGACGCUUAAUGAGAAGGGCCACUCUCACUCUGGGUCCAAGUCGAAUCUUAAGCGCUUUUUUAAGGGGCUCGGCAAGCACGAUAGUCAUAAAGAGAAGGACCAUGAUCGAAAGCACGACUCGAAUGGACACUCCAAAGAUGGUACUAGGACACCCACGCACAGCACGACAGGUGAUGCGCCUGCAGUGCCCUUUGCUGACGACCACGGCCUGCAGUCAAAGUACGGCAAGUUCGGCAAGAUGCUUGGUUCUGGUGCGGGCGGAUCCGUGCGUUUGAUGAAGCGAAGCGGCGAUGGUACUGUCUUUGCAGUGAAGCAAUUUCGAGAUCGACACGCCUACGAGAGCGAGCGGGAGUACAACAAGAAAGUCACGGCAGAGUUCUGUAUCGGAUCAACCCUCCAUCACGGCAACGUCAUCGAGACCAUCGACAUCGUGCACGAGAAGGGCAAAUGGUAUGAGGUGAUGGAGUAUGCGCCAUUCGAUCUCUUCGCGACAGUCAUGACUGGCAAGAUGGGGCGAGAAGAAGUGACGUGCUCGACACUGCAAGUGCUCAGCGGCGUGCUAUACCUUCACAGUAUGGGUUUGGCACACAGAGACUUGAAGCUCGACAAUGUCGUCAUCAACGAGCACGGCAUUAUGAAGCUGAUCGAUUUCGGAAGCGCGGUCGUCUUCAGAUACCCGUUUGAGAGCGACAUUGUCUUGGCGACAGGUGUCGUCGGAUCGGAUCCAUAUCUCGCGCCCGAGGUGUACGACCACACACGCUACGAUCCUCGAGCUGCUGACAUCUGGUCGAUUGCAAUAAUGUUCUGCUGCAUGACGCUGCGCCGAUUUCCAUGGAAGGCACCGAGGUUGUCAGACAACAGCUACCGGCUCUUCGUGUCGCCGCCAGAUCCGGACCAAGAUAAGGUACUCGAUCAGCAUCGAAGGUCACUGGCUCCCGGCAGCAAGACUGCUUCCACUGCCCCGCCGUCGAGAAAUCCAAGCGCUGACGACUCGGCAAAUGAUAACUCACCAGAACAUAAGCACCAUCACCACCACAACCCGAGCCAGGGAGGUUCCGAGUCCGUCAGCAGGCAGACUACAGCCAGCAAUCCUGACCAGCAACCUACUAUCAAAGGUCCCGUGCGACUCCUCAGAUUGCUGCCGCGCGAGACCAGACAUAUCAUCGGCCGUAUGCUGGAGCUGGAUCCGAAAAAGCGUGCUGACAUGGACGAAAUUCUAGCCGAUCCGUGGGUGCAGAACUCACUGGUGUGCAGGCAAGAAGAGAAUGGCGUCAUCAUCAAGGCGCCUAAUCACACACAUACGCUGCAACCGAGCAAUGCUGGAGGCUAG